AGUGUCCAAUUUGUCUAUGGGAAGCGCGCAGAUGUUCCUAUCUACAAGAGUGAAACUGCUGUCCUCAAGGGACAAGUCAUUAUGGGUGUGAAAAAGUUGGUGUCAGGUGGCUAUGACCAUACUGUUAGACUAUGGGACCCUUCUACUGGUGUCAAUGAGAGAACUUUCGAGUUUAAUGACUCCCAGGUUAACCGUUUAAGGUUUUCAAAGGAUGGAAGGCUCCUGGCAGUUUGUGGAAACCCUAGGGUCGCGUUUUUCGAUCUCAGAUCAGACGCAGAAGCUCCCGUGCAUACGCUAGACUUGCACAGAAGCAAUGUAACGGAUCUUGUAUUCCGAGAUGCUGGUCCUCACGCUGUGACUUGCUCUGAAGAUUGUUUCGUGUACUCGUGGGAUUUGAGGGUCUCCAACCCUGUGGCAAGUUUGAAGAAUGAUUCGGGUGUAACAAGUGUUGGAUAUGGUAGGAAUACUGGUCAAGUUGCCACAACAGACUAUGGGCGUUUCAUGAAGAUAUGGGAUAUUGAACAACAGAAGGUCGUUGGGAAGAUGAGCACCGUCACUGAUAAUGCUAUGUUUCUGAAUCUUAGUUACUGUUCUAAGACUGGACUGAUGUGUACAACAGGCUCCGCAGGUUAUGCGUAUAUAUGUCGAAUUACUGGGGCAUUUACUCCUGGAGACGAUAUUAACAAAUCAAGUGUUGUGACGAAUGAAGGUGCAAAACUCGAUAAGGCGAAACUAGAUUUGAAGUAUUCAAAUGGGUUACGAAGAAAGAAACGGCAUCAAUGGGAAAAACAUUUGUAUAAUGUUCCUGAAGAAGCUCGAGGUUACUUUGAGAAGGUUGCAAAGUUUAAGUGCUCCAAUCGUUAUGUUCUUCGUUGUUGUUUUAGUGAUGAUGGUCUUCUUGUUGCUACAGUUGCGGAUAAUGGUAUGUUAGAGAUAUGGGGAGACGAAAACAAUCCAGACGUGUAUACAGAAGACCGUUGGUACGUUAAUAGGCAGAUUGGAAGACACCAAAAGUGGGCAUGGGAUUGCCGUUUCACGAAAGACGCAAAACAUAUUUUUUCAUGUUCUUCAGAUAAGAGAAUUUGUUUAUGGGAUGCGAACAACGGAGACAUAUUGAGAGAAUAUAAAGGUCACCAAAAGGCGGUAACAAGCAUUGAUGUUUUCUCAACAUGAUACCUCUUAACAAUGAAACAAAGUAGCAUCGGAUAUUUUAUUCUGAAUGAAUUUCUUUAUUUGAUAAUUUUCAUAUAAUAAAUUGUUUUUUCACAUG